GUCAGGGUUUUUUCUUUCCACGGAAAUCGCUCGUACCCAUUUCAUCUUCGGUCUCCCUUUCUCUUCUCGUCCGCCGGUGUGUCGCCGACGUUGAAAACACUGAAGAAAGGAAUAGGAAUACCUAGCCAUGGCUGACUCGUCUAUGUUUACGGUUCCUCAAACCAUUGGUCAUAUUUUGUGUUGCAAAUGUGGUGUUCCUAUUGUUCCCAACGGUGCCAAUAUGUGUGUGACAUGUUUGCGGUCUGAAGUUGAUAUUACUGAAGGUUUAAAGAAGCAUGUCAUUAUUAUGCAUUGUCCUGAGUGUGAUAGCUACUUUGAGCCACCAAGAACUUGGAUUAAAGCCCAGUUAGAAUCCAAGGAACUGUUGAAAUUUUGCAUUGGGAAAUUAGGUGAUUUGACAAAAAAAGUUAGGCUGGUCGAUGCAUCCUUUGUUUGGACUGAACCCCAUUCUAAGAGGAUCAAGGUCAAGCUGACUGUCCAGAAGGAGGUGCUUCAUGGUGCAAUUCUUGAACAAUCUUAUAUUGUUGAGUAUGUUCAGCAAGAUCAUAUGUGUGAAAGUUGUACAAGAAUUCAGGCCAACCCUGAUCAAUGGGUUGCUGCCGUGCAGCUCCGGCAGCAUGUGUCCCACAGAAGGACUUUCUUUUAUCUGGAACAGUUGAUUUUGAAGCAUGGUGCAGCUUCCCAGGCCAUUAAAAUCAAGCAAGUGGAUGAAGGUAUAGAUUUCUUCUUUGCAAAUCGAAGCCAUGCCAUGAGGUUUGUGGAUUUUGUGGGUAAAGUCUCUCCACUGAGGAAUCGCCAUGAUAAACAGCUUGUUUCUCAUGAUCCUAAGAGCAACAAUUACAAUUACAAGUACACAUUCUCUGCUGAAAUCUGCCCCAUUUGCCGUGAGGAUUUGAUCUGCUUGCCUCCAAAAGUAGCAGCAAGUCUGGGAAAUCUUGGUCCUAUUGUUAUCUGCACAAAGGUGACAGACAGAAUUGCUUUACUGGAUCCUUUUACUCUGAGACACUGUUUCUUGAGUGCCGACCAGUAUUGGAGGGUGCCUUUCAAGUCUCUAUUCACUAGCAGGCAGUUUGUGGAAUACAUUGUGUUGGAUGUGGAACCUGUUUCUAAUGAAGUUGAUUUUGGUGGAUCCAAAUACAAGUUGGCUGAUGUCCAGGUUGCUCGAAAAUCUGACUUUGGGAGGAAUGAUAACAUUUUCUAUGUAAGAACACAUCUAGGUCAUCUCUUGAAUCCCGGUGAUUAUGCUCUCGGUUAUGACACCUAUGGGGCAAACAGUAAUGACAUGGAAUUGGACAAGUACAGAGGUCUGACCCUUCCGGAGGCAAUCUUGGUAAAGAAGAGCUAUGGGGAAAAGCGUGAGAAGAAGCGUGGCAAGGCUCGUCAAUGGAAGCUCAAGUCUCUUGACAUGGAAGUUGACGAAUCCAAAGGCAGAUCUGACAAAGAUAAGAUUGCUUCAGAGUAUGAGGAGUUCUUGAGAGACCUGGAAGAGAACCCUGAGUUGCGGUUCAACAUAUCAUUGUACCGCAAUAGAGAAUAUGAGCCAUCAGAGAUUGCUUCCGUGACUACUGGGGAGGAUUUGCCUUCUGUUCCACUGGAAGAGCUGCUUGCAGACCUUGAUAUGAGUGAUGAGGAAGAUGAGGAGAAUGGCAUGAGGGAUUGAUUUCAUAGAAAAUUUUUGUUUACUCUUUCUUUCUUUCUUUCUUUUAUUUUAAUUAUGUGUGUGUGUCACAAAAUGAUUAGCUUUUCUUGUCACGAAAAUGUUGAUUCAUAUUCAAUGACAUAUAUUUGUUAUUUUCUACAAAACGUUUAGCAUCUAUGGUUAAGUUUAA